CCAGUGCAUAAACGGCGCGCGGCUCCCCCGAGACCCCCCUCUCCCGUAAACGCGACCUCACUUUGGGACACUAUGAACCCCUCACGGAUUUAUACCUCGGGUGCGACUUGUGACACUGAUGGCAAAAUUAUACCAACGACGAAUAAAUAAACAACAAUAUGAAAAUGAAAAAGAAAACAGUCAAACAGUAAGAGACAAUUAAUAAAAGACCCUUUUAGCAAUCCGGCUUUCAAGUCAACAAUAUAUUCAAGUAUAAAACUGCACACGCUGUUCAGCACCGCAAUGAGUUUCGGAAUAAUUGCGGGUUGUGCAGUUGCGCCGCCUGGUGGACAAACGUGUUACAGGCGCAGAGCAAACGGUCCUGGAACCGCCUCAGACAUUCAGUCGGUUCUCAGGCUCCCUGCGUUCCAGCACUUAAAUUACUGUAUUUUCGAAGAUACAAACAUCGUUCUAUUUAUUUUCAUUUUGCAUUUUCUUCUCGGUGAUCAGUGUCCUAAAAUCUGGCUCUGUUGUGGAGUGGAAGGGAGUUGCGUUUCCUUUUCCAGAUAUUAUUUGGCAGUGAGUAAAACACAGAGCGGUACUGUGGGACCGGAGUAAUUCACCUUGUUUUCCACAGUUUUUGGUGGUACAGCUUGUGUUGGUGAUCAUUAACAAGAUCGAGAGAGAAGAAGUAGAGAGCGUAAGCAGCACGAUGGCGGGGAACGGGCCGGACGGAGCGCAGCGAGCAGGUGGCGUCGUGCUGGGCUUCGCGGAGGAGGCCGAGCCGUGGCGGCUGCGGAGCUCCCAGUUCCCCAGUAAAGCGGGAGGCAGGCCGGCCUGGCUGAGUCAGUGCGCGCUGCCGAGCCCCGCGGAGCUGCGCUGCGACAAGUGCCACGCGCCCUGCGCCCUCCUGCUGCAGGUGUACGCGCCCAUCGCGGACCGGGAGCGCGCCUUCCACCGGACCCUUUUCGUGUUCUGCUGCCGGUCGCCCGCGUGCUACUCUCACAACGACAGCCGCUGUUUCAAAGUGUUUCGGAGUCAGCUGCCAAGAAGAAAUGAGUUCUAUUCCUACGACCCGCCACCCGAGGAGGAACCCGUGGAGAGCGACGUGGACGCCGGCGUUCUGCGGUCCGGACUCAAGCUGUGCAGGGUGUGCGGGUGCCUCGGACCCAAGUCCUGCUCCCGCUGCCACAGCGCUACCUACUGCAGCAAAGAGCACCAGACCAUGGACUGGAGAGCAGCUCACAAGAACGAAUGUGCGGGGAAAGAGUCCUCCGGCGCUGGUGGCUUGAAUACGUUCCUCUUCCCCGAGUUCGAACUGGUCACCGAACCCGAGGAUCUUCCCGAUAAUGACGAUGAGCAAAGCGAUGCUCCUGAACAAAUGCGCGGAAACCUGAGCUCUGACUGCGGUUCUCUCCAGAAUGACGAGUGGGAGGAGAAGGAGCUCGAAGACAUGGCCAUGCAUGAGACCGAGGACAGCAAGGUGUUCCAGAGGUUCAAACGGAGGACGGCGCCGGAGCCGCAUCAGGUUCUGCGCUACUGCAGGGGUGGCUCUCCGCUUUGGGUAUCGGCAGAACACGUUCCCAGUGCCGACACGAUACCGGACUGUGCGUGUGGAGACAAACGGGUCUUUGAGUUCCAGGUUAUGCCCCAGCUCCUGAACCACCUGCAUGUGGACACUCCUGAUGUCAGCAUUGACUGGGGGACCCUAGCAGUGUAUUCUUGUGAGUACAGCUGUGACCAGGGCAACAGCUACUGGCCUGAGUUUAUCUGGAAACAGGACUUCACAGGAGCUCACUGAACACAAAGCAACAUAACCAAGUACUAUUUACUGUAGAACAUCACCAUUCUUUUCGGGUUCAUACAGAAAUACUCCUGAAAAGGAAUUAAAGCACAUGUGUAUGCAAGUACCUAAACACCUGUAAAACAUGCACCAGCAUCCUAGUUGUUGUAUAUUUAGAUGGUGUAUUUCAGAUACAUGUUUUUCUAUUAAAAAAAAAAAAAACAGGUAAAGCCUAUCAGUACUUUAUUGUACCUUAGU